GUGGGAGUGGGCGGGCAUCGAGGCGAACCUCGGCAAGUGCCGCAUGUGGAACCGAGGCGGCUUCGAACCAGAAGGGCACCAGGCGCUGGGCGCAGACGUGUGGGUCGGCGGCGCCCCGGCGCCAGAGGAGCACCGCGGCCUCAAGGUGCUCGGCGCGCCCCUGGGCACGCCGGAAGCGCUGCGCGGCCUCCUCGACCUUGCCCCCGCGCCAGCGGACGCAGAAAGACUCUUCCGCGUGAGUUCGCUGCCGCUCGGCCUUGGCGGUCUCGGGUUGAGGUCAGCAGCGCGCGCGGCCGAGUGUGCCUACUGGGCGUCGUGGGCAGACGCGCUCCCCAUGCUGCGACAAGGAAACCUUCUUGCAGCGGCAGAGCUCACUGCUGCCCCCCGCACUGGGACAGGCGCCGCGGCCGAGUGUCUCCAGGAGGCCGUGCGCGCUAGGGUCGCAGCCGCUCGCGACAGCUUUGCUGGCCCAACCUGGCAAGAGGUCUGGGACGGCGCGCGCCCGCAGCAGACGGAGCCAGAGCCUGGCGAGUGGAAGCACGGAUGGCAGUAA